UCUGAAAUCAUCAUAUUGCAGUCAUUGGAGCUUUGUGGUGUGUGUUUAACCGCGUGGUACCACGAUGGCUGACGAAACACGAGCAGAAGUGUUGGAGGCGAUUAAAAUACAGGGCGAAGUCGUGAGGCAAUUAAAAGCUGCCAAGGCAGAUCCUUCCAAAGCAGUUGGUGUAGAUUUCAAGUCAAAGUUGGGUGACAUUAACACCGAUCUUGGAAACAUCAGUUACGUCGGUGGUUGGGUACCUUCGUACUAUGACAAAAAGCUGUACGAUAUUUGCAUUGAAUUGUUGAACGGUGAAAUCGAGAGCUAUCCACAUUUGAAGAGAUGGUUUAUCAAUGUCAAGAGUUAUGAACCCAGUGAGCGGGAUAAAUUUGUCAAGGGCUGUUGCAAAACAAAAUUGGAGGGUAUUGUUGACUCAUUGAGCUCGGGUAAAUGUGGAGAUACUGAGAGUAUUGAUAAAAAGAUCGCUGAGGAGGUUUCUAAGCUGUUAGAGCUUAAAGCACAGCUUGGAGAUGGGAGCGAGCCACAGAAAUUCAGUCUCAAGACCCCCAAGGGUACCAGGGAUUACAAUCCGGAGCAGAUGGCACUCAGACUCGGUGUUUUGGAUAAAAUAAUCAGUGUUUUUAAACGUCAUGGGGCUGAGACCAUUGAUACUCCUAUUUUUGAACUCAAGGAAGUCCUGACCGGAAAAUACGGUGAAGAUACAAAAUUGAUCUACGACCUGAAGGACCAGGGCGGUGAGAUACUAGCCCUGCGUUACGAUCUCACUGUGCCCUUCGCUCGUUACUUAGCAAUGUCCAAGAUAACAAACAUCAAGAGGUAUCACAUUGCCAAAGUCUACAGGCGAGACAAUCCUUCAAUGACCAAGGGACGUUAUCGAGAGUUUUACCAAUGUGAUUUUGACAUUGCUGGACAGUACGACCCCAUGAUACCGGAUGCAGAGUGCAUUAGAAUCGUGUCUGAAGCCUUAACGAGUCUGGAACUCGGUGGCUUCGUCAUCAAGGUCAACCACCGAUGUCUGCUGGACGGAAUAUUCGCAGCAUGUGGCGUUCCUCAGGACAAGUUCAGAACUAUCUGCUCGUCUGUGGAUAAACUGGACAAGAGCCCCUGGGAAGAGGUGAGAAAGGAGAUGGUCGAGGAGAAGCAGUUGGAUGGGGCUAUUGCUGAUAAAAUUGGGGAGUACGUUUCCAAGAGUGGGGGUGUGAAACUGAUUGAUGAACUCAAGCAGGAUGAGGUACUCAUGAAAGAAAGUGCGGCUAAGCAGGGACUCGAGGCUAUGGAGCUGUUGCUGAAGUAUUGUGACAUUUAUAGAGUCACCGAUAAAGUGCUUUUUGAUCUCAGUCUGGCUAGGGGACUUGAUUAUUAUACUGGAGUUAUUUACGAAGCUGUUUUGACUGACAGUGAAGUAGGGAGUGUAGCAGGUGGUGGUCGUUACGACAAUCUCGUAGGUAUGUUCGAUGCAAAAAAGAAGACCCCCUGUGUAGGGGUAUCUCUAGGUGUAGAGAGAAUUUUCAGUGUCCUCGAGAAUCGUAAAGCUAAUUCUGGACAGAAAACCAGAACCACUGAGGUGGAAGCGUAUGUUGCAACUGCCCAGAAGAACUUCCAAGAGGAGCGAAUGAAGAUCCUAGCUGAAUUAUGGGACGCUGGCAUCAAAGCUGAGCACCACUACAAAAAGAACCCCAAACUCCUGGCGCAGCUGCAGUACUGCGAGGAGAGUGGAAUUCCUCUGGCCAUUAUUAUUGGUGAGGGAGAGCUCAAGAAGGGCGAAGUCACUCUCAGAGAAGUGUCAACGCGAGCUCAACGAUCCAUACCUCGAGAUAAACUCGUCGAAGAGAUUCAAAAGUGGCUACAGAAUCAAUCUAAGUGAUCGUAGGAAUUUUCUGUUUCAUAUGCGUUGUAAUUUCACAUGUUCUGUACCAAAUGAUCGACACACAGUUUACCUGAAUCAAUUAAUUUCAUGUGAAAAUUGUGUUUAAAUGAUAGAUCAAUGAUAACAACUCGUAAUUUAUUUCAAACACUUUUUUCAAUAAAAUUGUGGUAAAAAAUG